CUAAACCAUUUACAACUAAAACCGAAAAAAUGUAAAUAAAAAUAACACGAAAAACACAGAAAACUAACUCGAAAUCCAAACAUUCGUAAAUUAUAUAUACAGUAGAGAGAAAGCAAACAGAUAACCUAUAGGCUAAAGGUCAUGGUUCACAGAAUUUAAAUUAAUAUCCACAUCCAUUAUUGAAAAUAUAGAGUUAUGAGUUUGUCCCAACCUAGAAUUCAUUAAUAAUUUUUGCUUCCAACACACCUUUUGUUUAAUAAUUUUCACAAUGAUAAAAACGGCCGUGUGUACGAAUACAAAUAAGCUUCUUCUCAGUGCCAAAAUAAAUUAUUUCCCAAAUAUCAGCAAGGUUUUUACUAUACAUUUUUCCACUAAACCAAAAAGCAAAGUGUAUAAUGUGAAGGAAGCUGUUGCAGACAUCACUAGUGGAUCAAAAAUAUUAGUUGGAGGAUUUGGGUUAUGUGGCAUACCAGAAAACCUCAUAGCAGCGUUACUGAAACAUGAAGCCAAAGACCUCACAGUGGUAUCUAACAACGCAGGUGUUGAUAAAUUUGGAUUGGGUUUAUUAUUGAAACAGAAGAAAAUUAAGCGAAUGAUAGCCUCAUAUGUAGGAGAAAACGCUGAAUUUGAAAAGCAGUUUUUAUCUGGUGAAUUGGAAGUAGAACUUACACCACAAGGCACUUUAGCGGAACGAAUACGUGCUGGAGGUGCCGGUAUUCCUGCUUUCUUCACUCCUACUGCUUAUGCUACACUUAUUCAUGAAGGAGGUUCACCGAUAAAGUAUGAUGAAAAUGGAAAAGUUGAAAUUUCUAGUAACCAAAGGGAAUCACAGCUCUUUAAUGGAAACCCCUACAUAAUGGAGGAAGCUAUAACAGGAGAUUUUGCACUAAUAAAAGCUUGGAAGGCUGAUCCCGUAGGAAACUUGAUUUUCAGGAAAUCAGCAAGGAAUUUCAAUCCAACUAUGGCUAAGGCGGCAAAGACAACAAUCGUGGAAGUAGAAGAAAUAGUAAAAUUGGGAGAUAUCGAACCAGAUGAGGUUCAUGUGCCUGGGAUUUUUGUUGAUAGAAUUGUGAAGGGUGAAAAGUAUGAAAAGAGGAUAGAAAAGGUAACUGUUCAAAAAUUGUCUGACAGCAAAGACUCCAUGGUCAAGAAAAAUCCAGCAGCUGAACGCAGGGAAAGAAUAAUCAGAAGGGCAGCUCUAGAAUUUAAAGACGGAAUGUAUGCUAAUUUGGGAAUCGGAAUGCCAAUGUUGGCAUCUAAUUAUAUUCCAGAAAAUAUGGAAGUUUUCUUGCAGUCAGAAAAUGGCAUAUUGGGUCUUGGUCCAUUUCCACAUCCCAACUGUGUAGAUCCUGAUUUAAUCAACGCUGGAAAAGAGACGGUGACAGUUGUACCAGGAGCUUCUUUCUUCAGCAGUGAUGAUAGUUUUGCUAUGAUAAGGGGUCGACGGCGAUUUGUUGAAGUCAAGCUUGUUCUUUCACUUCAAAUUUUCAGUUCACAACAUUUUUUGUUCCAGGGAAAACUUGUGAAAGGUAUGGGAGGAGCUAUGGAUCUCGUAGCAGCACCGGGAACUAAAGUAGUUGUUUGCAUGGAACAUACUGCAAAAGAUGGCAGUCAUAAAAUUUUAGAGAGUUGUGGUCUGCCUUUAACUGGAAAGCAGUGCGUCAACAUGAUCAUCACAGAGAAAGCUGUUUUUGAUGUUCAUCCAGAGAAUGGGCUAACUCUGACCGAAAUUGCAGAAGGGGUAGGAGUCGAGGAUAUUUUGGUAUCCACUGGAUGCAACUUCCAAGUUGCUGAAGAUCUGAAACCAAUGGGCCAAAUUGAGGUUAAUUGAUUUUUUAUGUGCUAAGACUAACUGAUCAUUUUUAAUUUUUUAUCACUUUUAUUGUUUUCAUUGAUAUUUUUUGAGUAAUAUCUACUGAUAUAAUAACAUGUAAAUAAUUUGAUUAUAUCUAAAAUGAAGGUU